GCAUAUUUAAGAGGAGUGAGAAGCAUUUUGAGGAGAGACGAAGCGGAAGAAGCUCACCCACAUUUUGAUACAGAAACUUUUGCAAAUAGCAGAGCUCGAUGGCUUCCUGCGGGGACCUCCCUCCCUCCGUGAUGAUCGUUUGUCUGCUUCUCGUCAGAGGUUCCUCUCCUCUGCCCACGACACCAGGGGCGAGUCCCAUGAGCACCCGUGGGGUUUUAAGUAAGACUCUUUCCCCAAAGGAUUAUGAAGACUAUGAUCUCCCCACUAUGGUACCUAUUAAACCCAUCCACCCAGAUGAAGGAAAGCCUCAAAGAUGCGACUAUGACCCUUGUCUGGAGAGUCAGAUCCCCUGUGCUAAUCUGUCCAUCACCACCGGCUGCUUGUGUCGAGGGGUCACUCUACAUAACGUGGCCCCAGAGGCCCCUGACCUCAAGUCAGUGUCCUGGGAAGGAUCAGAGGUCGUGGUCAGGUGGUGUGCACCUUAUUCAUACGUCACAGCGUAUAUUGUGACAGUCGGAGGGGAACAAAGUAAGAAGUUUGGGAAGGGUGAAAGGAGCAGCGGAUUGGGCGACGUGGAAAAUGUCGCUGAGGUGUGCGUGUCGGCUGUGAACGACGCGGGGAGCAGCGAGGAGUCCUGCACGAUGUACCAGCCCAGGGACAGCAGCCUGCCUCUAAAAGCGGGACUCAUAGGAGGAGCUCUGGGCUUCCUGCUGCUCCUUCUGCUGGCUGUGCUGCUCUGGAGGCACAGGAGGCAGAGGAACCAGGAGGCCAGCAUCUCCAUGCACAACACAGCGGAGAUGACACAGUGAACAGAAAAGCGGGACUUGACUCCCUUAGAUAAUCAGGUGGCGCCCCCUGUGGACAAAGCAGUCCCUCUCAUCUCUACGCUGAUCUUGAUCUAAACUUGAUUUACAUGGUUAAGUCGUUUUAUUUUACAAACAAAAAAAACCUCAGCUUUCUUUCUGUCAAACAUAUCACUAUCGUUUUUUUUGCUGUGGACAAAAACACAACAUAAGGUCGAUGUCACUUUGUCUGACUCCUACCCUGCAGCAGUGGUUUCAACUUAAAAAAACAAAUAAUCCGUCAUUAUGCUGAUGGUCAUGUUUGUUUUGGUAGCUCAAAGAAAGGAAUCAAUAUUCACUUCAAUCUGUUUCAUGAGCUCUUCAAAACUCCUCACAGGAGCUUUAAGAGGUAACGAUUAUUCAAACAACCACAGAUUCGUUGAAAUGACAAAGUUCACUGGAAGAAGGCUCAAGUGGUAUCAUUUGUAGUCAGUCAGCAGGUGUUGACACAUCGAAACAUUCUGUACACAAAAGGAAUCAUAUUGUGUUGUGUUUGAAACUCUCUGUGAGAGUCCAAUAUAUAUUUAAAUCAAGAGUGACUGGAUAAAGUAUGAUUCAAAAGCUGUUUUUUUUUAAAUCUAUUUAUUUACAAUGUUUGAGUUAAGUUAAGAGUUUUGAGACACAAAUAAGCAAGGCUCUUUAAACUUGUAUAUUAAAGGUCUGACUAUUUCAUAAAAGUGAAUCACAUUACAAGUUGCUUUUCACACCCAUGUGUCGUCAUAACGUGUAUUUAUUGAACAGAUUUUUCCACCCGUCAUGUGUCAGUUUGCUGAGGGAGCUCAAGUGUUCAGUGCUGUUUUUCCAGCUGUCGUCCAGCAGCCUCUCCAGCGGGUAUAGAUUUCUUUCUUCAAAAACGCUUAUCUCGUUCCAGCUGAGACUUCCAGUCAACCAUCACCAGGCUGCUGAGAAGCUUCAGGCUGCCUUUUUUUUUUCUCUUUUGCCAUGAAGCAAAAAAAAAAAAAAAAGGUCCAAUAUUUAAAUCCUCACAGUUUAUCUCAUGUUCAUGAAGCCUCCAUCUGCGUGUCUCGGAGCCAUGAUAUAAUUCCUCUUUGCUCUGGAUCCUGACAAUCAGUUGCUUCCCUGCUUCUAGCGUUUCUCUUGAUCAAACUGCACAUGUAACUUGGCACAGGGCUUCUAUGGGAGUCUGUCUAUAAUUUAGAGACACAACAGGUUGUUUAUUUCAGUCUCUGUAUUGGCCUCGAGAUGUUGCUUUAAUGACACAUUCAAAGAGUGCAGUCACUCUGAAACUGGGAGGGACAUCUUGACACAAAUGGGCCAGAGUGAGAUGAAAAACAAAAACAUGUGCAAAUAGUAUUGUGUUUUAAACGGUCCAGGAUGUAAUGGACUCAAACCCCUCGCUGAGAAGAAUUAACAAGAACUGGAGCAUUGUAAAUCUGCUGAUGGUACCGAACAAAACAAAAUGUUCUCACUGACAAACCAACAGACAUGUUAGCUUGUUUGUUUACGAUCUGUUUGCUUGUGUGAUAAAUAAACUGUUUUU